ACUGACUCCACCUGCAAGUAUUAAAAAGAUUUGAAGAUGGGGACCAGAAGACUUUGCUGCCUUCUUGUUUUUCUGCUCAUAGCCAGCGUCUACAGCUUUCACAUCCUAAACAGCAUAAAAGAUCUGUCAGCAGUAAAGUUUGGUAAAACUUUCCCAAGGCACGGCCUCCUGCUCUUGUACUGGCUGGUUUGUGAAGGUACACUUGACAACAAUGGAAAUCUGCAUCUUAAUUUUAACCCAGGGGAAGGACAUUUUGGCUUUCAUUUGUAUAAAAACUAUGAUAAUGUUUUUCCCAACCUGGUCAAUACAAAUUACGCAUAUUACACUGUUGGCAACCUUAAUCCAAAGAUGGAGAAUCCGCAGUUGCCUGAUUACGUCACAGAGGACUUUAAGAAUUACUGGCAUCGACAAAACAACAUUGACCGAAUUGUGAUUAAGGUUCAGAAGAACAAUCCAGCCAUAGUGUAUGAAAUUUACAUAACGCAGCAUUCUGAGGACAGAAAUCGAGGCAGUGAUUAUGAUGGAAGUUUAACAUACAAGAUCAGCGAGGACCUGCUCCGGGAAAUCGCAGAAUACUGUAUCGAAACUGAGGAAAAGAAAAAGGAUAAAGAGGAUCCCAUUGACCAAAGGUUUGCACGAAUACAGCAAAAGUUUCAGAACUAUCCAUUACUUCAAGCGUUUUUGUACCAGACUGGUUACGACAACAAAAACGAAUUUAAACAAUGCUAUAAGCGUUAUCAUAGCAAUAGGAACUUACAGUUACAUGACCUACUUCUAGAGCUGAAAUCCACGGCAGAUGGGAUAGCAAGGAUUAUAUGGAGUGGAAUCCCAGCUGAUAUGCUAGAAACUGAGAUGAAAAUUGGCAUUUAUAAAGACGAAAAUGAAGAAAAACCCAUAAAUGAGUACCCACUAAAUGGAAGGGCAUCUGGAGAGAUAGUAACAUCCUUGAAGCUUUACCGUGGACUUCAACUCAGACUCAUGAAACUUGCCAUUUUUGAAAGCAUCUAUGAAAGCGCUGAGUAUGAUAACACAAACGAGGUUCCUCCAGCUACAACAGAAGGGUCCAUUAUCAGCAGUAUAAUCUUCUGGGGGCUUAUUACAGUCGUAGUUGCUGUUGUUGUUUCUGCAGUUUUUGCAUCAAAUCAAAGACCGGCUCCUCAGAUUGUUGUAGUCUCUCAUGGUAGGCCGGGUUACUAA